AUGGAUGACGCCCAUUCAAAAUCGGCGGCAGAGGUGGUUUUGUAUUUCAGAACGAAUGAAAACACGGGCCUGAGCGACGAUCAGGUAGCCGAGUACCAAGAAAAGUACGGUCCAAAUGGUAUGUGUGUGUGUGUGUGUAUGUGUGUGCGUGUGUAUGCGUGUGUGCGUGUGCGUGUGUGUAUGUGUGUGCGUGUAUGUAUGUAUAGUUUGCAUGUAAACCCGUCGUUUCAUUGUAUGUUGUUAAAAAAUGAUUCUUAUUUUUAUUUAAACAGCUCCAGCUGA